AUGAUUGAUGCGCUUCAAGAGAGAGUAGACAUCGCUGAAACAGAGGCAAAACUCGCUCAGCUGAAGCUGGAGAGCGCUGAGCAAAAGGCCAAGGUUGUAAUUGACUCCUUCAACACUUUUUGUGAAGAAAUGGAGAAAGACGUCCUGCCCAUGAUGGACGAGGGAGAGGCCUUGCUCAAAGCGUUCGGCGCGGUUGACGUCCAAAGCCUCAAAGCCAAGAUCCAGCACAAAAUUGACGCUGAGGUUCAAUCUCAAGUGCUAGCUCGAGAAGAAAUAGCUCGGCAGAAGAUCAAGAUCUUGGAGGCUGAUGCCAACCGUCAUCGCCAAGCCUAUGAAAGCAGGGAGAACGAGCUGGUCGAGGCCGGAGUCCAACUGGAGUCUCAGAGGCAGAGCAUCACCAGCCUGGAGGUUCAACUGAAGGAUAAGGAGGUCGAGCUAUCCCUGGUCCAGGGUAAGGCUGAACAGACAGAGCAGCGGCUUGCUGAUGCCGAGGCUAAGCUGAAGGAACAUCAGGAGUCUUCCCAGAAGGCCUUGGAGGAGGUCCAAAAGAAGCUGGCCGACGCUGAGGCUCAGCUAGCCCUCAGUUAUGGGGUGGCUCGAAGACUGGCUCUCCAUGCUGCACCUGACCUGGAUUGGUAUCAAUGUGAAAUCUGGGCUGAAGACCCCCAGGAUCCUCAUAUGCAACAAGCCAGCCAGGCUGAGGUCGAUCUGUUGGCCCGUCUCCAAGCUGAGGAUGCAGCGGCCGAGGAGGCUGAGAGGAAGGAAGCUGAAGCCCAGGCUCAAGUUCAACCCGCCUCUUCUGCAACUGGAGUUGAUGCCGCGCCGGAUUCCAACAUUGCUGGGAGGCCUGACCCUUCAGCUGAAGCCUAG